AUGGCGUACCGCGAGCAGCCCGGAAGAUGGAUUAAAGCACUGGACCUCCCCGAGACGAUUCGGUGCACCCUCGGAUGCUGCCUCUGCGGAUGGGUCGUCACCAUAGGAUGCCUCUUUGGCAUGUAUGGCGCCGGGGAUUUCCUUCGAAAAGCGGAGGCGUGGGAGGUUCGACCAGCCUGGCGCCAGACAGAGUGCGAGGUGCUCGCAGCCGGGGUGAGCUGCGCCGAUACCGAAACCAGGAGCACCUGCGGCGGUUACCCGCUGGGCUCGAUGCCAUCUACGAGCCCACCGGUCUUCCUCACCGAAGAUAUUGCCGUCUGCCCCGGAACGUACUGGUGUGGGAAGGAGCAAGACGUGUGCCAUUGUAACGGCGAGAUCACCUUUGCGCCCGAGCUCUUCGACGGGCAGAUCUACACUGUGCCGGAGGCAGAUCGUGCGUACAAGGUGGUCUCCAGCGGGCCUUGGAAAUGUGGCACCGAUCAGAACGGGGAGCCCUACGCCGUAGAUCCGGCGCCGUGGCACGUGAAGCACUGCUGGUGCACCCCAGCAGAGAUUCUUGCCAUCCUGAAGAAGCACGGCGGCCAAGCGCUCCACAAGAAGGAGUGCGCGGAGGCUGCCAACUUCGACUUCGACGCCGCAAAGCGCCGUCUCCAAAGGGAGCCAGGCGAGGACCUCGAGGCAGAGCCGCGGCUCCUCGCCAGCUCGCGCCGGCGCCGGACCUUCAGCUACACGCCUUGGGCCUUGGUGUCGGUCCCCACGACGCAGGACCUUGACUUCGGUGACGCCCCUUCCAAUCGGCAGCUGACCUGUGCAUACGAGUUCGGUGUGCCUGCGGCAUCGUCGGCAAACUACCAGUCCGACGGGACCUACAGCGGCGAUGUCUGGUUGGUUGAAGAUGUCGCCAAAGAAUGGGGGAACAAGACUUCCCGGCCUUGCUGGGUGCGCGCUACAGGCGAGGCCGGCGAAAGUUUGCAGACGUGUGCCGUAGCCUUGCUGGAGCCCGGAAUCUUGCAGGAGGUGGCGAAAGGCUCUCAGACGCUGAUGACCAAGUCUUUCUGGGUGUGCCUGGGGAUCAGCCUAGUUUUAUCGCUCCUCGCCUUUCCCUCCCUCUACCGGCUGGUCCGUCGGCUGACUGGGGGGGCAUCAUCUUCCGAGACAGGCUGCCUCCUGGAUGCGGACCUGUAG